AUGGCGGGUUCCAAGGGUAAGGAGGCAUUUCGUAGGCCUCUGCGCCAACUCAAAACUCCGCCAGGAAAAGAUUCAGCUCCGCAGAGUCUUUUCCCCUUGAGCCCCGCUCAUCAACCAUGGUUGCGACAUCGAUCCCUGACUCAGUUCCAAAGUUUGGCAGAUGCUGGGUUAGGAGAAGUCAUCGAUGUCGCUUCCCUCUCCUGUGCUGGCCCUCUCUCUCAGACCACGUCUACCCAGCACAGUGAUCUCCAUACCUAGGCUCCGCCUAUCGUUUACUACAAACGCUCUCCAAUCACUGCGCAUUUGUUCAGACUUCGUCUGCUAGAUUAAUCUCUUCAGAUUUUCUUUGGCCCUCCCUCCACUCCCUCUUCUUGUUUUCUUUUAAAAUGGACUAUAUUCUAUUGUACUUGUAUUGACAUUGGACAUUUGUAUGUGUAGUGUAGCCUACACUCCCCAGCCUAUAAAUUUUGGGGCUCGCCUUGCUUCGGCGACCCCUU